GGAAGUAAGUUUGUCUUCUCGUGAUGGCUCCGUAACAGACGAGUUUUCGCUAGUGUGUGAUCAAUGUGACGUCCAGAGCGUUUAAAAAGGACUUCAGCGGUUUCAUGAAACAUGUUUUAAUGCUCGUUCCUCUACGCUGGCUCCGGGUUAACAUGGUGAACGCGGAUGAAAUCGCAAAGUUGUGCUACGGGCGUUUCGAUGAGCUUCCCCGGCGAGGGAAGCCUGAGGCGGGCAGAGAGUGGACUCUGCUGGCCGCUGUGGUCAAACUCAGCCCCGGUGCUCAGUCUGACACAGUGAAGACUGAGGUUGUUUCCAUGGGAACCGGCACCAAAUGUAUUGGACAGACACACAUGAGUCCUACUGGUGACGUCCUUAAUGACAGUCAUGCAGAGAUCAUCGCCCGGAGAGGAUGUGUCAGGUACCUGAUCCAGGAGCUGUACAGAGCCGUCAGCUGUGGUGACAGCUCAGUGUUCUGUGUGUCUGAAGAGCAGCAGGGGAAGUGGAGGCUUCAGCCUGGAGUUUCCUUCCUCUUCUUCACCAGUCACACUCCCUGUGGUGACGCCUCCAUCAUCCCCAUGACUGACAGCCAGUCUCAGCCCCGCCCCCCUGUCCCAUCUGUAAAUGCUAAUAAAGGGACUGAGUCAGGACAAGACUGCAAAAGAAAAGCUGAGGAACCAAGUGAAGGUCAAAAGACCAAGCUGCUGUGUCUGGAGGGACAGGGGACGUCUGAAGAGGGAGACUUUAAGAACACCUUGUCUCUGUCCCAGCGUCCCUCCACAGAAACUGUCUCACAUGCUUCAGCACAGCUGGAGAUAAAACCUGGACUCCACUGCGACGGUGCUGGACUGUGUCCACAGCUCUCUGACGUCCACAGGACAGGAGCAAAGUGUGUCCCCGGCGGCCCCACCGACCCUCUGCGACCCGGGGACGGCUACCACAGCGCGGGUUUGCUGCGAGUGAAGCCUGGACGAGGUGAACCCACUCAGUCCCUGUCCUGCAGUGAUAAGCUCGCUCGCUGGACUGUGCUGGGCUUCCAGGGUGCACUGCUGUCCCACUACCUACAGGAGGCGCUCUACUUCCGUUUCAUGGUGGUGGGGAAGUGUCCGUACAGCAAAGAGGUCAUGCACAGAGCUCUGGUCACAAGAUGUCUCCAGGUGUCAGAUCUCCCCGCUGGUUUUUCUGUUUGUCCUCCAGUGCUGCUCCAGUCCACCCUGGAGUUUCCCUUCAGUCAGACCCAGACAGAGCGCCACCACCAGGCGGGUCAGGGACGUGUCUCUCCCUGUGGAGCAGGGUUCUGGAUCAAAAGAAGCACCUAUGAGGAACAGCCCGUCGUCAGGUUCCAGUACAAGGCUCUGCUGAUGGCAGCCACCAGUCUGCAGGGAGACUUUGUUGCCUGGAGCACAUUUCCACUUCUCAACAACAUGCUGGAGGCCAACCUCCGCAUCCCUGCCAUCUCUGUGAGGGAAGAGGACCAGAAUCAGGACGGGAAGUUGGACCUCCUCAUCUUCAAACUGCAGCUUCCUCUGAAAGCAGAGGAGCAGGUCUACAGCGUCCAGCUGCUGCUCACCUUCAGCUACCAGCUCUUUCGCAUGUCCACGGUGGUCAUGCAGAGUCUGGUCUACGUGCAGCACUCGUCCUCUGUCCCUGGAGCCAAGCUGUUCAUCAGUGGAGACCUGAGGCUACAGCAGAGGGCGCCACUGCCUCACCGCGGACUCUACAACGUCUAUAAUGUGUCGGUGAUUGACGGCUCCAGUCCCUUUGCUAGUGCAUACGACCUUGAGAACAUCAUAAGGAGCUACCAGGACAGAAACCUGACCACAGUCUUGUCCUGUCCCACACCAGUCUGGACCAUCGGACGGGCCGCUGGGUCUCCCUUCGAGCUCAACGCUGAGAUCCGUUACCCACUGGAAGUCAUUAGUUAUCGUCCUGGUUUCUGGGAAACCAUCAAGUUUGCCUGGAUCCAGUACGUCAGCGUGCUCCUCAUCUUUCUCUGGUUCUUUGAACGUAUCCAGAGGUUUGUCUUCCAGAACCAGGUUCUCACCACUGUGCCCGUACCUGUGGAAAAACCUCACCUGUCGUGACUCAGGUUUUCAGGUUCCUGCUCAGGAUUCCUCGACUGAAGACGUCGUCUUCUUUUCUUUUUUUUUACUGCUGAUGAAUAAAUGUAUUAAAGUCACAUGGAUGUAAAUAGAUUUUUUUAGUUUGUGAUAUUUGGUCAUUCCAGUUAGAGACGUGCACUUUUAUAUUUCUACUGUAUCAAGAUUUAGACGAGAAUAAAUGAAUUUCUUUGAAUCACAAA